AUGACCUCUCCAGACUUUGCUGCCGCUCAGGCGCGUGUACUCGCACGACGCGCAGCUGCAGCUCGCCCAACACCACCGCCUUCUCCACCGAUCCUACCACCCGCGCUGCUGAACCUGCCACCUGGUCUACGCUCAAUCGCUUCCACCACCCUCUCGACUUGGACAACCUUCAGACACAAUCCCCCGCAAGCAUCUACUCCAUACUUCCGCGUUGGUCAGGUCGACGCAGAAUUGCUUGACGAGGAGCUUCUACAACUCUUGCGCGGCCAAGUAGGCGAUGCCCUGAAAUACUUUGGAGGUCACAUUGCAGAUGAAUGGUCAUCGGAGAUCGGUGCGAUUCUCCGAGCUAUACUCUGGAAGCUCAGUAUCUGGGACCGAGGCACGAGUUAUGGUGCCAGUCUACAGGGCUUGAAAUACGUCGACGCAAGAACACAACCCUCGAGUAUCCACGCUGGCUCCGGUCAAGAUCCCACAAAAUGGCAAAAGGCCGCGUAUGGUCUCAUCACAGUCGGGGGCCGCUACUCAUGGCAGAAGCUAGAAGAUUGGCUCCUUGAGAAAGAAGGCGGCUACGAGGAGCCCACGCCGCUGGUCAAGAGAUUGAGCAAGCUUACUGGAUGGAUUAGCAUGACGCACGAAAUGGCUGCUCUUGCAUCCUUCUUGGUCUUCUUGUUCAAUGGCAAAUAUAGAACACUUGCAGAUCGUCUUCUUCGGCUAAGACUUGCUCCAGCAUCUGCACAAACGAGCAGGGAAGUCAGCUUCGAAUACUUGAAUCGACAGCUAGUCUGGCACGCUUUCACCGAGUUCCUGCUCUUCUUGCUCCCUCUCGUUGGUAUCAGCCGCUGGAGACGUAUACUCUCAAGAGCAUGGAGAAAGGUUAGAAACAUGUUCAGUCAGAAGGUUGAUGAAGAAGAUGCCAACACAGGAGGCGAGCUUGGCUUCUUGCCAGAACGCACCUGUGCGAUAUGCUAUCGCGAUCAAAAUGCUGUGGGCGGUGGGUCAGAAGCAGAAAUACUCGCACAGUCAAGCAAUACUGGUGGAGGUGUCAUUGGAAGUGCCCAAACAGACGUCACCAAUCCCUACGAGGCGAUACCUUGUGGGUGCAUAUACUGCUUUGUCUGUCUGGCACAACGCAUUGAGGCCGAAGAAGGCGAAGGUUGGACAUGUUUGCGCUGUGGAGAAGUAGUAAAGGAGUGCAAACCUUGGAAUGGAGAUGUUGUGGAAGACAUCACCGAGGAAACAACCAACACAAUCCCAGCUGGUCAGCCAAAGCCUCCGAGGAGGAAGAGUGUUGGUUUCGCCGAUGAUGAUAGGGAGCACGAGCAUGAAACCACCAUCGAAGAACUUGACCCGAUGCCUAUUGAUGACCACGAGGAACAAAGUCAAGAGAUGGAGGAUGGGAGAACGGUAGACUCAGUCUCAUGGGUGGAUGGCGAGUCCGAGAUGGACUUUGAAGAUGAAGCCGAUUACGAC